AAAGGCAACGCCUUCAACAUUGUAUUGUUCACAGGUUGGUGGAACAGUCGGCUUCUGAUCGCCGCCGCGAAAUUGACAGUCCGAUCAUCCACUACGAAAAUGUCGCCGGCCGGAGAAAUGCAUCAGACGAAUCCGACGAAGGAUCAGCAGUUUUCCGACGUCGAAGCAGCGUCCGCGGCCGCGUUGGCCGAGGCGGAGGCGGCGGGAUUGUGGACGCAGAUCAAGGCGGAGGCUCGCCGCGACGCGGAGGCGGAGCCCGCGCUCGCGAGCUACCUCUACUCGACGAUUCUCUCCCACUCGUCGCUCGAGAGGUCCCUGUCGUUCCAUCUCGGGAACAAGCUCUGCUCCUCCACGCUUCUCUCCACUCUUCUCUACGAUCUCUUCCUCAACACCUUCUCGUCCGAUCCCUCUCUGAGCGCCGCCACCGUUGCCGAUCUUCGCGCCGUUCGCGUCCGUGACCCGGCGUGUGUCUCCUUCUCUCAUUGCCUCCUGAACUACAAAGGUUUCUUGGCCAUUCAGGCGCAUCGGGUCGCGCAUAAGCUGUGGACGCAGUCGCGGAAGCCACUGGCUCUGGCUCUUCAGUCGCGGAUCUCCGACGUGUUCUCCGUCGAUAUCCACCCGGCGGCGAAGAUCGGGAAGGGGGUACUCCUCGACCACGCCACCGGAGUUGUGAUCGGAGAGACGGCGGUGGUGGGAAACAACGUCUCCAUCCUCCACCACGUGACGCUCGGCGGAACCGGCAAGGCGUGCGGUGACAGGCACCCGAAGAUCGGCGAUGGAGUCCUGAUCGGAGCCGGAGCAACCAUCCUCGGGAACGUGAAGAUCGGGGCCGGUGCAAAGAUCGGCGCGGGGUCGGUGGUGCUGAUCGACGUGCCGCCGAGGACGACGGCGGUUGGGAACCCGGCGAGGCUCGUCGGAGGGAAGGAGAAGCCGACGGUGCACAACGAGGAAUGUCCCGGCGAGAACAUGGAUCACACCUCCUUCAUCUCCGAAUGGUCAGAUUACAUAAUCUGAGUCUCUGAUUUCGUCUCUCUGCCUCAGAAAGUAUAAACCUUUUUUCACUGUGGAUUGCGGAUUUGAGCCAUGGAACUGGAACUGUAACUGUAACGGGCACCAUCUGUAUUUGCAUUCUACAAGAAAUAGUGUUCCUCCGCU